AUGGAUAAAGUUCCUCCAAUUCAGCCAAAGUCAAAAACCAUGCAAGCGCUAGAUAAUUUUAGUCAGUUAUAUAAAGGAUUGGAACAUACAUCCAAAGUAAUUCAAACUUUUAUAAAUAAACAUUCUGAAAAAUAUCAGAAAACAGAAAUGUUUAAGGUAUUAUGCUCAUUAUUCGACUUAUUUCAAUCAGAAAUUACAGCAGGAAUGCAGUUGAGAGAAACAGUAUUUAAACAAAAACAAGAAAUCAAGGCAUUAAAGGGAGAUUAUCAGACUUUCCUGAAAUUAUUCUCUUCAAUGGCAAACACUGAGAUAACAACAAUGAAAAAUGCAAAAGAAUUUGUCGAAAAUUUUAAAUUACCAUCCAUAAGCUCAUUUAAUGCAUUACAACAAAAUCAAACAGAACUUGUUAUUGAAAAACAACGAACUACUCAGCUAUUAGCUGAAAAUGAAGAAAUAAAGCAGAAACUAGCGAAUAUGUCAAGAAAUAUUCAAAACAUAGAAGAAAACUACAAACAGAAGCUCUCCAAGAUUACAACAGAUAGCAAAAAUAUCCAAUUACAAAAUACAAAACUAUUACAAGAUGAAGAAGUUCUCAGGAAAGAGAACGAUCAACUCAAGUCAGAUAUUACAAAACUUAAACAAGCUUACUUAGACAAAAUCAAUACAGAAACGUCAAAAAGGGUUCAAACAUUGAAACAAGAAAAUCUUCAACUAAAAGAAGAAAUUGAUCAACUCAAACAGAAGAAUAAAAGCUUUGUCGAUCAAUAUGCUUCAUCUAUUGGUAAUUCUCCUAGCAAAAAAAUUCGUAAAGUUGCUACAAAAAGUUCCCCAGACUCAUUUCGGAAACUUAUAAUUUUAGGUAUUUUUUGCGUCAAACUACUAAAAACGCGUAAUAUAUCCGAAGUUGAAAUUUUGAAAGAGGAAAUACAGAAAACGAAAUCAAAACUUGAACAGAUGGAUAACUGGUGA